UACUAGUGUUACACUCGUGACGACUUCCUCAGGGUGCAAAGCACUUUUGCCGAUCCUGAAAAUGAGUUUAUUUUUGCCAAAAUUGGUCUGCAAAAAAGAUAUAGACGACGUGAUCAAGACAGUAGCAGAAAGGGUGGUUGUUUUGAGAUUUGGGAGGGAUGAAGACUCAGUUUGUCUCCAGCUCGACGAAAUUCUGUCAAAAACGGCACAUGACCUGAGUAACAUGGCCUCUAUCUACAUAGUCGAUGUGGAUAAAGCCCCCGUUUACACCCGAUAUUUUGAUAUCAGCUACAUCCCAUCAACUGUGUUCUUUUUCAAUGGACAGCACAUGAAGGUCGACUAUGGCUCACCAGAUCACACCAAGUUUGUUGGCAGCUUCAAAACCAAACAGGAUUUCAUGGAUCUUAUUGAGGUCAUAUACAGAGGAGCCAUGCGGGGGAAAAUGAUUGUCCAGAGUCCCAUCGACCCCAAAAAUAUUCCCAAAUAUGACCUCUUGUACCACGGGAUUUGAAAUCAACAGCUAGCUACUCUGUGUAAGACUUGUCAACCACCAUUACGUUUUCGCUCUUUGCUAAAAGGUGCUGGUGGUAAUUGUUAUAGCUUGAGCGAGACCUAUGUAUUGAAUAUUUUUUUGAAUUGGAAACAAGGAAACUUAUAUUUUAGAAGCACCGCCAAUCAAACUGAUGCCGGGGGAUGUCUGAAACUUUGAACUGCACUAUAUAUGCAUGUUUUGAUCAUAUUCAGUGUUGUGAUGUUUACUAUGGAAAACAGUGAGGUUUUGUGUGAAACUUGCAUUCAUAGAAAUGUUAUCAUUUUACAAUAAAGUUUUUUUCCUGUCAGUAAGCCUAUCUUAGUGUGUUGCGGGAUAGGGACAACUAGCGAGAAAUUUACCAAUGGAGUUUAUGUAUUUAUUGGUAUAUUGUGGGCUGUAUGGUACAAUUACUCAUUGCAUUUGUCUAACUUAUAAUAAUCGAUAAAGACACUACAUUUUAUGUUCCGGUGAAACAUAAAAUGUAACUAAAGCAAGUUACAUUUUAUGUAAUUUAUUCUGUGAAAUCCAAACAACAGACAUUCUCAUUCACAGGUCAAUUGGCCAAUGCAGAGAAUUAUGCAAAUAAAAGAAUCAUGUGUAAACAGAGAA